UCGAGUUUUAUCAGCGUUUAUUUUCUGAGAGGCAAGAAGAGUCAGAAUCUGUAAGAUUUUUGAGAGAUGGCCCGUACCAAGCAAACCGCUCGUAAGUCAACAGGAGGUAAGGCGCCCAGGAAGCAACUCGCUACCAAGGCUGCCCGUAAGUCUGCUCCAACCACUGGUGGAGUCAAGAAGCCUCACCGCUACCGCCCUGGAACUGUUGCCCUUCGUGAAAUCCGUAAGUACCAGAAGAGUACCGAACUUCUGAUCAGGAAGCUUCCUUUCCAGAGGCUUGUUCGUGAAAUUGCACAGGACUUCAAGACGGAUUUGCGUUUCCAAAGUCAUGCUGUGCUUGCACUUCAGGAGGCAGCUGAGGCUUAUCUUGUGGGUCUCUUCGAGGACACCAAUCUUUGUGCCAUCCAUGCCAAGCGUGUUACCAUCAUGCCCAAGGAUAUCCAGCUGGCCCGUAGGAUCAGAGGGGAGCGUGCCUAGAGUGACCUUCCCUUCCUAGAAUUGAUGUUCCAAUCAUGGAUGUAUUUUGUUCAUAAUUCAUAGUUUGCUUGUAGUGUUAGACGUAUAUGGGUGAUGACAAUGGGGCAUGGUGGUGGUGUGUUCUAAAAUGUUUAGUCUGAUAUGGUUCUUGCUUAUUGUGUUUUUUCUUUUUCGUUAGUUGGACGCCGAAUGAGCAGUGCCUGAACAACUAUUAUUUGCAUCUAAUCUAGUUUAGUUUGUUAAUUCUUUUAUCUGCAAGCUAUUUUUCUGGAUUUGUUUGGAUAACGUAAAGAUGAAGUUUGCGUAGAUGAAUGAAAUAAGCUUUUGCGG